UUUUACUAUUUUGUUAUUGCUGGUACUGUACAGUACUUUUCUAUUGCUGGUACCAUAUUAAUUUUAUUUUAUUUUUAAUUUUUCAGACUAGUUUCUUGUUCAAUUAUCAUGGAAGGUAGUAGUGAUACUCCAACAUAUAUAUCAAAAGAUCCGGGAUGGAAUUAUUUUCAAAGAGUUAAUCCAGAUAAUAAAAAUGAUUUAAUUUGUAACUUUUGUCAAAAAGUUACAAAAGGGGGCAUUUAUCGUGCAAAACAACAUCUUGUUGGGGGGUUUCGAAAUACUACGACUUGUAAAAAAUGUCCAUCUCAUGUACGUGAAGAAAUUAAAAAUUUCAUGGAGAAAAAGGCAGAGAAAAGUAAUCUUUCUCAACUUGCAACAAUGGACUUUGAGGAUGUAGACCCUCUUGGUGAUGAUAUUGAUAUGGAUAAUAUUGGAGCUAAAGGUGUGCCACCUAUAAGUACAAGUACAAGUUCUAGAUCAGUGAAUAUGCAAAAAAGGCCCAGACAAAUAGGUCCAAUGGAUACGUAUUUUGCUCCUAAUGUACAAAAAAUUGUUGAAAGUUGAAAGGGUAAAGAAAGACAAUCUACGAUAAAUGAGGCAUACAAGAAAGAAUUGAGGGAAAAAGCUUGUAUGGCCAUAACUGAGUGGAUGUAUGAUGCGGCAAUUCCAUUUAAUGCCGUUAACUAUUCAAGCUUCAAAAGAAUGUUGGACUUGGUUGGCCAAUAUGGUAUAGGUCUAAAAGGACCUAGUUAUCAUGAGGUGCGGGUUCCUUUUCUAAAAAAGGCUGUUGAUAGUGUGACAAAUGAUUACAUUAAGUCGUGUGAAACAGAAUGGGCCAAGUAUGGUUGUAGUUUGAUGGCAGAUGAGUGGACAGACAAAAGGCAGAGAACAUUGAUUAAUUUUUUAGUGAAUUCUCCUAAAGGUUCAGUUUUCAUCGAAUCGGUUGAUGCUUCUGAUUAUGCAAAGACUGGAGAGAAAAUAUUUCAAUUGCUUGAUCGAUUUGUGGAGCGUGUAGGAGAAGUAAAUGUUGUUCAAGUUGUUACAGAUAGUACAAGUAACAAUGUGCUUGCUGGAAAAUUAUUAGAAGCAAAAAGGCCACACUUGUAUUGGACUCCUUGUGCUGCUCACUGCGUUGACUUGAUCUUAGAAGAUAUAGGGAAAUUGCCUGAUUUUAAAGCAACAUUGAAGAAGACAAUGAGUGUGAAUGCUUACAUUUAUGUUCGCCCUGGCAUGGUAAAUAUGUUGAGGCAAUUCACAAGACAAAAAGAGCUUUGUCGGGCAGGUGUCACAAGAUUUGCUACUGCUUUUCUUACUCUUGAAAGGAUGCACCUACAGAAGCAAAAUUUAAGAAAAAUGUUCAUUUCAAAGGAUUAGAUAGAGAGUAAAUGGGCAAAAGAAGCGGCGGGGAAGAAGGUAGCUAAAAUCAUCAUGACACUUAGAUUUUGGAGCAGUAUUGUGCAUAUUUUAAAGAUAUAUGGCCCUUUAGUCCGUGUUCUGAGACUGGUUGAUGGCGAAAGAAAACCUGCAAUGGGUUAUAUUUAUGAGGCUAUGGAUAGGGCAAAAGAAACAAUUAUGAAGGCCUUCAAGGAGAAAGAAGAAAAAUACAAAGAAGUGUUUGAGAUCAUUGAUGCGAGAUGGGAAUGUCAACUUCAUCGGCCUCUGCAUGCUGCAGGACAUUAUUUGAAUCCAGAAUAUUUUUAUUCAUACACAGAUUCAAAUAUCUGUGAAGAAGUGGUGAAUGGUUUGUUUGAAACUAUGGAGAGAUUGGUUUCAAGCACUGCCGAGCAAGAUAAAAUCACUACCCAACUCUCUAUAUAUCGAAAGACAGAAGGGCUAUUUGGGAGAAAUGUAACAAUUAGACAUAGAAGAGCAUUAUCUCCAGCAGAAUGGUGGGAAUGCUAUGGAGCAAAUACCCCAGAAUUGCAAAAGUUUGCUAUUAAAGUGCUUAGCCUCACUUGUAGUGCUUCUGGUUGUGAGCGCAAUUGGAGUGUAUUUGUGCAGGUAUGUAAUAAAUAUAAAUGUUUGAUACUAUUAGUAUGCUACUUUUAUAAGUAGAAAAUAUUCUUUGAUAUUUUAUUAUACUUAUUGUGAUUUUUGACAUUUUGUAGAUUCACAGCAAAAAAAAGAAAUAGGCUAGCUCAGCAGCGCUUAAAUGAUUUGGUAUUUGUGAAAUACAAUCGUGCCUUAAAGCUUCGGUAUGAUGCACGUGAUAAGAUUGACCCCAUCUCUUUGACAGAUAUUGAUUAUAGUAAUGAAUGGUUGAUGGGUAGAAUGGAUGGAGAAAGUGAUAAUGAAGAAGAUGAGUUAGUUUUUGAAGGUGAUGACUUGACAUGGGAUGUCGUUGCUAGGACUAGUGGAGCUGAAGAGCCUGAAUAUUGUACUAGAGGAAAAAAUAUUGCAACCAUGACCUCUAGUUCAAAUGCUAGGCCUAAACAAGUCGAGAAGGGAAAUGCAUCUUCCUCUAUGAGACACUCAUCUCUAAGAUUUAGAGAUGAAGAAGAAGAAGAAGAAGAAAUUGAAUUUGAAGAAGAUGAAGAUGAAGAUAACGAAGAAGAAGAAUACAAUGAGGAUGAUCUUGAGCUUGAUGAUUAAUUUGACUUAUUACGCUUGUUUUGAUGGACUUUGUUAGUUUAAAUUAGAAAGUUGAAAUUUGAAAGUUUGAAACUUUUAUUAAUUUUAUCAUGGUGUUGUUUUGCUUGUUAUAUUUGAUAUUGAUGUGUGUGGAAUAUUAAUAGUUAUCAUAUUUGACAUAGUAUAUGAGUGUGGCAAUAGUCUGGUAAUCAUCAACCUCAUGUUCAAGAGGCGCGCGCCUCGGGCGCGCCUCGCGCCUCGGGCUCUAGGAACUUUUUGCGCCUCGGUGCGCCUCGCGCCUCGCGCCUCUAACAACACUGAUCUGAAGUAGUGUUAUAUCAUGAAUUUCAAUCAACAAUAUUUAAGCACAACAAUAACACAAUUAAACAAUAUAGUUCUUAACAAAAAAAUAGCACUAAAAUAUGGAUACAAUAAUACUUCAUCUAGUGUCACUUAACAUACCAACAAUGAAAAAGAUGUAACAAAAGUACUUAAGCUAAUUCAGUCGCAUAUAAAAAUUCAAUCAUGAGUGAAAAGAAACAAAUUAGCUACAGGCACAUUGGUAAAAGAUUGCCAUCAGCAAGGGAGAUCUUGAGAUUAUCUCAACGCAAUCUGCAAUGUAAUGCGAUGCUCAAAGCCCAUGCGCAAUUUCCCAACAUCAUUUGGCAUAUAUUCAUAUCAAAACUAUACACACACACACACACAAAGACAUCAGCAAUCUCAAAAGGCAUGACUAUUUCCUCAAGCACAUCAUCCAUUGCUGCUUAGAUCUGUUUGCAUUCUCGAAAG